CGUCAGUCCCCCUGCUCUGGCCGUGCCUUGGACUGGUGUGAUUGGAGGGAAACCCCGUGGACUGCAUUCAGACGGACAGGCUGAGAGAAUCAGCUGUAGCUUGGUACACCGACAUCACUGCUAUCUGCCAGUACUCAGUGAGCAGUCAUGAGCGAGGCACCCCAGAAGGAACUGGUGCAAAAGGCCAAGCUGGCCGAGCAGGCUGAGCGCUAUGAUGACAUGGCUGCUGCAAUGAAGGCUGUGACGGAGGAUAGCGAGCAGCUGUCCAACGAGGAGCGUAACCUGCUGUCAGUGGCCUACAAGAAUGUGGUGGGUGCCCGUCGCUCCUCAUGGCGUGUGGUGUCCAGCAUUGAGCAGAAGGCUGAGAGCAGCGAGAGGAAGCAGACCAUGGCUAAAGAGUACCGGGAAAAGAUUGAGAGAGAGCUGAAAGAGAUCUGCCAGGACGUGCUGGGUCUCCUGGACACUUAUCUCAUUCCCAAAGCCACUGCAGCAGAGAGCAAAGUCUUCUAUUUGAAAAUGAAAGGAGAUUACUACCGCUACUUGGCUGAGGUGGCCACAGGAGAUGAGAAGAAAUCCAUCAUUAUAGACUCAAAGGGCGCCUACCAAAAUGCCUUUGAUAUCAGCAAAGAAGAAAUGCAGCCCACGCACCCAAUCCGUCUCGGUCUUGCCCUGAAUUUCUCAGUUUUCUACUAUGAGAUCCUCAACUCACCUGAACAAGCCUGCCAGCUGGCCAAAGGCGCUUUCGAUGACGCCAUCGCAGAGCUCGACACACUGAGUGAAGAUUCGUACAAAGACAGUACACUAAUCAUGCAGCUACUGAGAGACAACUUGACACUGUGGACCUCUGACAACCAGGUUGAGGGAGAGGAAACGGAGGAGCCCAGAGAUUGAGCCAGACCCCCAUAGUCAUCCCUGUCUACCUGCCAUCGUCCCGGCUCAUCUUCAUCAUGAUCAUCAACACUGAGUCCACCUCAUUAUCAUCAUUGUCGUCCAACUCUCUCCAUCUUUUUUCUAUUUAGUUCUCUCACCACUCAUCCCACACCUAUCGGUUUACAAUCCCUUCUUUUGUAGUAACUGUGGGGAAAGGGGAUGGGGAGGGAGGGUAAGUUUUAAAUUGCGUGGCGGGAGGGUCCAUGUGGAAGGAUAGUGUGUUUGGGGUUGGUUGCUUGUCUGCUGACCUUUUUUUUUGUGUGGGAGCAAUAGGGGUGUUGCAUUAUUAAGGUGGUGGGUAAGAGGGCAAGUUCUCAACUCAUGAAACAUGAAGCAGGUUGAGUUUUUAGAGUCAGAAAACAGUUAUGUAUACUGUAUGUGUAUCCUGUUGAUAUUAACGGCCCUGUUCCUGACUGACGACACAUCUGUGGUUUCACAAAAUCGGGAGCUGUCUCCUCACACCUUAGGAGACAGCAGCUGUUAGGCUUUACUUGGCAAGAGGAAUGACAGCGGAGGUAAAGACGGUGGAGGUGUAAUGGGGGUGUGCUGGAGACAGAAGGGUUUUGUUGAAACAAAGGUUGCAUUCCAUUUACUGUCAGUUGCUCAACUUUCUACUCUUUAUUAUUUUGUUUUGUUUUCAGGUGACCUGCUUUUGUAUUUCUAUGUAUCAAUUACGAGGUAUAGAAAACUUUGAAGAACAAAAGAGCACACAAGCUUGUUGUUUUUAUGAGCACAGCAGUAAAAAAAUGAAAUAAAAUAAAUCCCACGUGCUUAUCUAGUUACUGCUUUUUGAAAUUAAGAUUUUUAUUUCUUUUGUCUUUUAUUCUCCCUUUUUUCUUUCAAUACUUGCCUAAACUGCAUGUUGGUAAGAAGUAGUUUGUGGAGAUGUAAGGAAGGUUGUUGUCGGGCGGGCUAGCUUUGUUCAUGUCGUUGGAGUUUUCAUACAGAACACCCAAGCAUAACUGUUAUUUGGGGGGAAAUGUGUAAUUUCAUGUAAGUGAAAUAAAAAAAAAUAAUUUAAAAGUU